AUGCCCUCCAUGUUCAUAUCUUUUCAGUCAGCACUAAAGGAGGUUUUUGCAGUGACAGUGCAAAAGGAGGAGGAACUUAACUGCCAAACCGCUGCCAUUGCAUUGGGCAAACCAAUAAUCGGUGCACAGGAAUGUAAACUUUGGUUUGUUUGGGCACGCCCGUUUUCCGCCUGGAAGUUUAUAACCCAAUUUGGGUGUGAUGUUGACGCGUAUUUCGCAUUUACAGCAUGCCUACUGCAGAAGUAUGCCUUCACACCGCGAUUCGCCACACACCGUCAGUGCCUGGCGUCCUUCGGGGAGCGGACCCCGGGCGCGUCAACUCAGCGACGGAGCCCAACUGCACUGGAGUUAGCCAACGCGGGUUUCUUCCACACGGGCCGAGGCGACGAGGCCGUCUGCGGCGCCUGUUUCCUCGGUCUGCGCGACUGGCAGCCCUCCGAUGUGGACGCGGAGGCGGUGCACGCGCGGUUCGCCGGUGCCGGUCACUGCCUCUACCUCCUGACACGUCGUCUCCUAACCUCGGUCCUGCCGCUUGCCCGCAAACGACUCUCGCCGGUCAAUGCGCCUCCCCAACCUGACGUUGACGACGUCAUCGACCGACUUGGCGUCAUCGCGAGGGAGAUUUCUGGACGGAACGACAGCUGCUGGCCUGUUGAGAACGCUCGAGCACUGGGCUACUCAGACGAUCUAAUUGCCCUCGCACUGUGGCGGCUGCAAGCUGAAAAGAAGGUGGAUCAGGCCUCACGACCUGUCUGGACGAUUGAUCCACAGGGAACAGCGAGUCUUUUGAAGGCAAUAUUGCGGGUGCAGGAGAGCGGCCUAGGCGACGAGGAGACGGCGGACAACGACAACGAAGAGGAGGGGGAGGCGGAGGAGGAGAAGGAGGGGUCGGAGUGUGGUGGCGAGGGUAGCUCCCCGCUUGAAGACGCCGAGCUGGUGGGACUGUCUCGACGGAAAUUGACGGCUCCACCGAAACCGCGUUUGCCCUGUCUGUCGCAGAUGCUCCAGUGGUGGGCGGAAACGUGGCUCACCAAGCCACCCCUCAGGGCUCCCGGCGUGCCAGCCGUCGUGCGUAGAAAGGCCAACUCCACGUCUGCUUAG